CCUAUGAUUACAUUAUGUGGGAUGCAAUUAAAAAUUUGUGGGAUGCGAGUCUCACCCCUCCUUCUUCCUUGGUAGGAAUUCAAAUACUCCGUCUCUCACGUAACAUUGCUCACAAAUCCAGUUCCUGUUCAGAUUCUCCAAAUCCAAGGGACUCGUGCGUGUGACUGAGGUCGGACUCGUACAAAACAGUUCAAGAGAGAGAGAGAGAGAGGGAGGCAGUUCCUGCCGCCAAAGGGCUCUCUGUUUGGAGAUGGAGAACGAGACCAAGGCUGCUGCAGUUAGCUCCGCCGCAGGAGACGAAGCGAAGCUUCUCAGCGACACCGUCCCUACAUUACCGCCGCUCGCUGUGAAGGACUUGUUGUCAAUCGGGGUAUGCAUCCGGUGCAUCUUUCGAUUUUUUGGUGUUUCGGAGUGUAUUUAUUCUUACACCUCACUCUCGACAUCGGUCCUGCAUGCUGCUGUUGGAAAAAUGGGUUUGGAGGGAGAUAUGGUGAAUAAUGGUCUUGGAGCAGAGGAAGAUCUGAAUACUCAACAUUCUUUUGAAGAAUCAGAAUUGGAGCCAAAUUUCUGUAGAAUUUGUUUAGGUAUCUUGCAAUUUGCUUAUCAUGACAACAAAGAGAUGCUAGUGAAAAGGAAUCGUGCCAAUGAUUUUGCUCUAUUAAUUGCCGAAGUAGUAAAGCAAGAGGGUCAUCAGAUUGAUAACUUUUCUCUUGAAGUCUCCAUACCAUCUAGGGUCAUGGAACAAGAACAAGCAGUUUGGUUGUAUAUGAAAAGGAAGUACAGUUCUGAACUUUGGUUUCAAGAAAAGUUUCUUUCUGAACGCAUUUCUGCAAAAGAUGUCUUGAAAUUGUCUAUUACAAAUCCUCUUGAAACAUUGUUGGAUGUUAAAUCUAGUGUAAGCAGCUCUUUUCGCAUUCGUUUGACAUAUACCCACUCUGAAGUGUCGACAAAGGUUCAAAACUUCACAGAGAAGAAAGAAUGCAACAAGAGAAGGAAAAUAGGUGACAAUGCCAUGGAGACCAUUGAUGGGUGUGUGGUUGCUGCCACAGGUCAUUCUGAUUUAGCCACCAGUGAAGAAUAUGUCAGUAAAAGGUCUUGUAAUGGGUUGCAGAAUUAUGACUCUCCUGACCUUUAUCAAUUCCAGCUGGAGAAGGUCAAUGAACCCUGCCAAUUGACAUUUACUUGCUGUAGGACUCCUGUUUACAUUGGUGGGAGAUAUCUGAAGUAUUCGCGAAAUGUGAGUCAGACUCGAUGGAUUAUUGAUGAUGAAAGGAUGGGAGAAGCAUCUGUUGAGGAGAUAAUCGGCAGUAACAUCCUUCCUAUGUGUCAGGGUGAUAAUUACAAGUUUCAUGCUGCUGGUAGAGAGGACAUCGAUGUCCGGAUGUUGGGCUCAGGUCGGCCUUUUCUGGUUGAGAUACAAAAUGCACACCGUGUUCCCUCUGAGAUGUCAUUAAAAGAAAUAGAAGGGAAAAUAAAUAGGCUGGAAAAUAAGUUGGUUAAGGUGAAAAAUGUCAAGGUUGUGGGUAGCCAGGGGUGGAGCCUGAUGCGUGAAGGAGAAGCAGAGAAGCAGAAGCAAUAUGCUGCACUAGUAUGGAUUUCACGUUCUAUUGAGGAUGAUGACUUGAAAACUCUAUCUGCAUUUAAGGACAUGCCAAUUUUGCAGAGAACACCAAUUAGGGUACUUCAUCGCCGAAGUCCGUUAGAGCGUGAAAAGAUUAUACAUUGGAUGAAAAUUGAGAGGAUCGCUGGGAGUUCUCAAUAUUUUCUCCUGCAUUUAUGCACCCAGGCUGGGACGUACAUCAAGGAAUUUGUUCACGGGGAUCUUGGACGCACCCAUCCUAGUGUUGGCUCAAUUCUAGGAUGCCGAGCAGAGAUACUGCAACUUGAUGUCACAGAUGUGAAAAUGGACUGCUUCCUAACUGAAUGAGGCUAUCCAGUACUCCCCUGAUAGUGCUCUCUCUUACAUUUGACGUGAGGUUCGAAAAUUUCAAGUAUGCCAUUUAUUUAUAGUCUAUGACAUGACAUGAAUUUUUGUUCAUUACAAUCGCCUCUCUCUCUGUUAUUUUUCAUUUGAUUCAAACAAUGAGGGAAGCAUAUGAUAUGAAAGAUCUGUUCUUCGACUUCACAAAAUAAAAAAAUCACUUUGUGUUUCUGACUUA